UCCGAUACUUGCUUGUUGCUAAUGGACCGUUGUUACCUCUAAUGAUAAAAGAGUUCCUACCUCGGAUGUAUGAUGUCUGCAGAAUUAACUUUUCGACAGAGCGUACUAUCGGUAGUCUUAUGGCAGCAGAAUCAGAGAAGAUUAUGACUAUAUAUUUCAAAUAACCUCAGCACCUAUGUAAAUACACAUAGGUAAAUGUUACCUGGUGCUAGAUGUACAUAGUAAGGUAGGAGAGAGAGAUUGCUGAUCGCCAUGGAGAUAGUGGACCUCCCGGAGGAGAUGCUGUUGCUGAUCUUCUCCUACAUCCCUCUAUACAACUUGUUCUUCUCUGUACAGAGAACCUGUCAAACCUGGAGUGAGCUUUGUUUUCACCACCGCUUGUGGACCACUGUCCACUACAGCCAGCAGAUUGAUGAAAAACUCUCAAAGGAAGAACUACUCGCAGUUUUGAGACACGUUUCCAAGGGACUUCAGCAUCUAGUAUUUGAGAAGGCAUUUCAACACAGGGAAAGGAAUUUCAAUUUCCAUAAGAUCCUGCAAUGUAUUUUACAUGAAGACUUAGAUAUGAGAAAUAUUUCUUCAUUGAAAAUUCCAUUUAUCCCUAAAGUGUAUGUAGAACCAUUGAUAGAAAAGUGUUCAAACUUGUCCUCUAUUGAGGUCAGUUAUGGCUAUGCUUAUUAUAAUGAUGGUGACUUCUUUGUAAACAUGAAAAAACUUCCUCAUCUGAAAACGUUCAAAAUAACAGAAAGUUGCAAGUCAGCAGAACCAAUUGCAGAAGCUGCUUUUCACCCUCCGACAUUUAACACGUUCCUCUCGGACAUGUUCAGCACCCUGUUAGAGUUGGAAACUGUUCACAUUGCCAGCGUUAACAAAUUAAUGGAUUCAACAUUGUGUGCUCUUCUGAAAAACUGCAGAAAGAUCAAGGAACUUGCAUUGUAUGGGUGUGACAGUAUAUCCAAUGCUGGAUUUAAGUCUCUGCCAGAGAAAUCCGGGAUUGUCUCCCUUCACCUGAAUUCUACAAGUGUUAAUGACAAAGGAAUGGAACACAUCUGCCGGUGCUGUCCCAGUUUAUGUAGAGUGUCCUUUGCAGGCUGUAUGUAUGUCACAGAUGUAUCUAUCAAGCAUUUAUGUUUACAUUGCCCAAACCUGGAAUAUUUGUGUGUGUCUGAUCCAGAGAUUUUCUAUCACAAGUCUAAUAUCACAGAUGGGGGCCUGGACUAUCUGUCUCACAGCUCCGGGGCCCUGCGAUCACUUACGAUGUGCAAUAGUGCUCAGAUUACAGACUUAGGUCUGGAUCAGUUAGCACGGAGUUGUAGUAAUCUCACUCAUCUAGAUGUAUCUGGCUGUCUCUCCGUCACGGACAGCACACUACAAGUACUAGCACAGCACUGUGCUUUCCUUCAAUCAGUGAACUUUUGUGAAUGUGUACACCUGACUGGCAGAGGGAUCAACCCUCUCGUUGUCUCCUGCAGAUGGCUGCAAUCCCUCACUACGGCAAAUUGUCCAUUUGUGGCAGGUCUGAAGUUUGAAGCCUUUGAUGAAGUGGAAACUCCUUUUGACAGGUAUUUCCAAGAUGAGGAAAUAUCAGACUGCACUGCAACAUCUUCUGAUAUCAAAAGGAACAGAGUAGAAGAAACUCCGACAGACAAACUCCAAAAAAGCCAAGAGGAUUACAGGUACAGUGACCUUGAACAAUGUGGACGAUCAGAUGAUCCAGAUGAUAUCUCUAGGAGUAGUGUAAAAAUAACCCAUCAGCUGAUGCAUGUUCCAGAAUGCACUGAAAAUCCACAUCAUUGUGAUGUCACAAAACAGGAAGUUGAAAAGCCACAACCAGAAAUGAACCAGGGCAGGACCAACUUUUUGAAUGCGUUGAAGUGUCCAUCAAUACCGAAGCCAAAGGUGCACUCAGAACUGCGAUUUCUGAACAUUGGUUUGUGUUCAAAAGUUACAGAUAACUGUCUCAAGCAGAUUGCAACAUACUGCCCAGAUCUGAGGGAACUUGACAUAAAUGGUUGCUUUAAUACCACAGACCUGGGAAUAUAUUACAUUGUUAAAAGCUGCCAAAGACUAGAACUCUUGAACAUCAGCAGUGGUUCAAUGAUACAGAAAAUGUGUUUAACAGACCAGUCCCUGCAUUCAAUAGCUACACACUGCAAGUGUCUGCGUAGACUUCACACAGAAAAGAACCCGUUGAUGUCCCUAGACGGCUACAAGAAUCUGUUUGACAACUGCCCUCUGCCUUGCACUGUGUCUCUGACCACGAAGUCUCCUGAACUGUUGAAGACCGACCUUCUGACAAUAGACUACACUAAUGAAUCAAAAAGGGUCAAUGUGUUUAGUAAGGGCUGUUACAAGGGCAAUAUUCACCAACUAGAUGUACUUCUCUACAACUCAGAUGGAAAUAUCCUGGAGUAACUUUGUACAUGAAAUAUAAAUUAUGCAUGUACUUGAUGACCUGUAUUAUCAAUGCCAGAAUUUUUUAGUCAUUUUCUACAAACUUCUCUGUUGUGAACAUGACAAGCAAGUUUGCAUGUUCCAGUUAUAAACUUUCACAAAACCUUGUAUUCUAGAUAUUUAUUUCAAAAACUGUGCAAUGCUUUGUGUUUAAUAAAUUUUAUGUUUACCGGUA